CAUAUUCACAACAUUAAAGAAGUCUCGUAACUCCAACUACCCAAAAUAAGCAGCCACCGACCCACUCGAAUCUAGUCGAUGUCGCUUACAGCCAAAGCCGUCGCCGAGUUCGGAUCAUCCUAACACUUCGUAUUUCGCUCAGAGUAGUUUGAUUGGUUCGUAGUUAUGAGUACUGGAAACCUUCUCAAUGUCCAGCCUUCGGAGCUCAAAUUCCAUUUUGAAUUGAAGAAGCAGAGCUCGUGUUCUAUGCAAUUGACCAACAAGACAGAUAAACAUGUGGCUUUCAAGGUUAAAACAACCAAUCCUAAGAAAUACUGUGUUCGACCCAAUGCUGGAAUCGUUUUGCCUGGUGGUUCAUGCAAUGUAACGGUGACAAUGCAAGCCCAAAAAGAGGCGCCUCUAGAUAUGCAGUGUAAGGACAAAUUUCUCCUUCAAAGUGUUUCUGCACCAGAAGCUUCGGCAGCGAAGGACAUAACUUCUGAAAUGUUUAACAAGGAGAAUGGGAAGGUUGCGGAGGAGUUCAAGUUGCGCGUGGUUUACAUUCCUGCAAAUCCUCCAUCUCCUGUUCCUGAAGAAUCAGAUGAAGGGUCUCCUUCCAGUGCUCUUGCAACACAGAAUGGGAGACAAAGAUCAUCGUCGUUUGAUGCUGUAUCAAAAUCUCUUGAGUUGCCCAAACAGAAAUCAUCAGAGGCAUGGUUGAUGAUCUCUAGGUUGACUGAGGAGAAAGCUUCUGCUUUGCAAGAAAAUCAGAAGCUCCGUCGGGAACUGGAACUGGCUAGGAAAGGCUCGAGCAAAGGUGUAGUGCGUGGAUUUUCUUUGUUAUUUGCUGGCCUUGUUGGUCUAUUGGGUGUUGCAAUUGGCUACCUAGUCAAGAGAUCAUAGGGAGAUGGAUACUCUCUCCAUUUCCUUCGGUGUUGGCAUCAACGAGUGCGGCGUUCCUUUCUUUCCCAUUAGAAACCCUUAAUUUGAACAAUCUAAUCAUUUCAUUUGUAUAUUAUUUAACAAUCUCAUUGGUUCAUCAAUCCAUGUAUUUGAGCACUUGAUAUCUUAUUAGUUUAGAAUGAGAUUUCUAACUCUGUUACCAUUAUUUGACAACUGUUACUCUCUAUUUUCAGACUUGUCUCCA